AUGGCCCGCGCCAUCUGGAAAAAGCUCACAUCAGAUCCCUCUAUCCAGAGGUCAUCUCAAGUCCUCUCGGUCAUCGGCAACGAUGCAUACAUCUACGGCGGCGAGCUACGACCUCGUGAACCCGUCGACUCUUCCGUCUACCGCAUCCCACUCGAUAGUGGAUUGACCUCCAAUGCUCAGAUAAUCACACUAUCAUCAACCGACCCAACCCCACAACCCCGUGUCGGAACAGCCUCAGCCACCAUCGGAGACAAAAUCUACCUCUUCUCUGGCCGCGGCGGCGUCGCCAUGGCGCCGGUCGAGGAGCGCGGGUCCCUUUGGGUCUUUGAUACCAAGGCCACCUCCUGGAGUCAACUCUCUCCCGGUCCUGGAAGCCCCUUCCCACAGGGCCGAAGCUACCACGCCUUGACGUCUAAUGGCACGGAUACGAUCUACCUACACGCCGGCUGCCCAACAACGGACCGUCUGAGCGAUCUAUGGGCAUUCGAUAUUACCUCGAAAAUCUGGAAAGAACUUCCCUCUGCCCCUGGUCCUGCGCGCGGCGGUACGUCCAUUGCCUUCUCAAAUGGCAAGAUCUACCGCAUGAACGGGUUCGACGGCAAGACCGAGCAGGGAGGUGCACUUGACGUCUUCGACGUUGCAGCCAACGGGUGGACAACGAUGACAUUCCCCGCAGAUGGAGUUUCAGGCCCUGAAGCGCGGAGUGUUGCUGCUCUCCUCGCAGUUACAAUUGCCGGUCGGGACAGUCUGGUCACAUUAUUCGGCGAACGCGAUCCGAGUUCUCUUGGCCAUGCGGGGGCCGGUAAGAUGUUGGGGGAUGUGUGGGUGUUUGAUAUUGAAGACCACAAGUGGAGCCAGGUCAGUGUCACUGGAGGGGAUGGUGCUGAUGAGAAGCCUGCGCCGCGUGGGUGGUUCGAUGCCGAUGUCUUUGCGAUCCACGGUCGACCGAGUGGGCUCGUGGUUCAUGGCGGAUUGUCCGAGUCGAAUGAGCGGCUGGGGGAUGUUUGGGUCCUUGAGUUUGAGUAG